GACGACCCGCCCGGCUUCCCUCGUUGUUUCCAACGGUCGGACCCGAGACUAAGGCACUGGCCCACUUCUGGAGCUGCAUCUCUGGGCUGCCUGCGACCAACGGCCGCCACACUUGCUCCCCUGAGCCUCCUCCCCCUUUCCUCUCCUCCAGACCGCCCGUUAAAAAGUAACGAGGGCGCGCUCAGCUUGUCUCGGCUCUCUGUCGCAUCGACUGCCUGCCAAUUCGGGGUGUUAUCGUCGCUCAUAUCCGCCUCACGACCCACCGACACUCUCUCUACUUGCUGGCUCUGUCCCCAAUGCCUCCCAGGAAAUAAUCAUGGACUCAGAAGACGGAGAGUUGUUCAUAAAGCAACUGGCCACUUUCGUGCGCACCCACGAGAAGGCUCUCGCCAACGCUUUGCAACUGCGGAGGCAAAACCCUCCUCGACAUGGAGCCUCGCAAAGCGUGUCCUCGGUGCCGACCGCAGGGCUCACGACUCCGACGACCAUUCCCGAACGACCGUCUACCGCUACAGCGUCCUCUUCCAACGGGCUCGCCGCCGCCCUGUCCUUCGGCUCCUUGAACUUUACAUCGCAGACGGCCAAGUCAGCAAAGCUGGCUCUCACGCCGCACCACCUCUUCUACCUUCUCUCGCGGUUUGAGGAGCUCAAGAUACCGGUUGGCCCGAUGAAGGUGCGCCUCGAGAACUUGCACGACACGAGCAGCUCGGCGAACUAUGUGUCAUUCCUGGGCCAGUCUCAGCGCUCCAAGACCCGAAACUCUGAGGUUGGUUCCAUUCGCUCCGUCUCGAGCAUCAGAAGCGUCAUGUCCGGGAUGUCUGCACUGUGGACCAAUUUUGGCAUCGGAUCGAGCGCUGCCGCGCGCACCGAGAAGCAGAAGGCUGCUCUGGACGCUGACCUGAAGUACUUGUAUUCUGCCUUCACCAAGGUACCCUGCCUUCGCCUGGCCCCAGACUUUCGUGCGCGGCUCAUCAAGGGUUACGAGGAGUUCCCCUUCGACUCUGCAGUGCCGCUGCACAUCUUCAAAAACUGCCAGGCACUCGAGGUUUGCGACAUUGACUUCCGGCAAUUCUUUGGUUGGGAUCGCAUGGCGGACCAGCUGAGAUCCCUGACCGUCAAGCGGGCGAGCCUGUCUGACCCCGCCGACAUCCUGAUCGACAUCGUGCUUGACGACAUGGACAAGAGGAGACGGCGAACGUCAAAGUCACAUGCGUCACCAACAUCAACAUGGCCUGGUACUGCCAGCCCACGGAGGAGUAUGACGAUGGCGACGCCUGCCGAGUUGCACAAGUCGACCUCGGCACCAGGGUCACCAGGCACACGGGCUGCCGACUUGAAUGUUGGUUCCAUAGGCAGUGAAGCCGCACUCGAUCAUGAGGCCGAGCUUGCCGCCCGAAACAGCAGGCGGGCGUCUGUCGCCGUCGUCGAGCUCCCCAAGUCACCGACAAAGAGCUCACGUCCGAGAAGCCACUCUCCAAGGAGGCCUGCUAGCGCUCGCCAUGGUUCCCAUCACGUACGCGGCUCACACAAGGUCCACCGCUCAGGCUCGGGCAGCUCGCAGUCGAGCAUGUCCGAUUCCUGGCACCAGGGCCGGGGUAGCACUUCGAACCUCCUGUCUACAGGCUCGCUCCCCGCGUCGAAAUGGCGAUUCUUGAGGCACCUCAGUCUCGCAGAGAAUGGCCUCGUGUCUAUUCCUGAGGCCAGCCUUGCCCCCUUGGCGAACACUCUGUAUUCGCUUGACCUGUCCUCGAACGAGUUCAACGAGAUCCCUGACAGCUUGGCGUCGCUCACUGCCCUUCGCGCCCUGAACCUCUCCAAGUGCACCAUUGAGUCUCUUCAUUCGCUGACUCGUAACCCGCUGCCAGCCAUAACGGCACUGAACCUGCGGGACAACCGCCUGCAAUCUCUGGCGGGCGUCGAGAGAUUGUACCCGCUCGAGAGGCUGGACCUAAGGGACAACCGCCUGAAGGACCCUGUCGAGCUGGCGCGUCUGACGAGAAUACCUGACAUUCGGGAAAUCUGGGUUGAGGGAAACCCCUUCACCAGGACUCACAAGGACUACCGCAUCACAAUCUUCAAUCUGUUCAGGCAGUCGCCUGGCUACACCGAGGAUGUCUUGAUUGACAUGACCGGCCCCACGUACUCGGAGAGGAAAUACCUCGUCGAGCGCACCAAGGAGCCUGCUCCUGUUCCUGUCAUCAAACCGCCGGUCCCAGAGUUCAAGGCCGUCGAUGUCAGCAAGCCGGCGAUCAUCUACGAAAGCGCAAAGGAGCCUGCUGUGCUCCGCAAAGAGCGGCCCACACCGAAGGUGACAGCCAGUGAGAUCAACACAAGCUCCACUCGAGCCCGCCGCAGGGCCCCAAAGAGGCGAAUCGUCGACCUGGCCGAUUCUCAGGCUCACCCUCCAAGGCAGCCAGACGAAAACGAGACGAUGGGGCCCAUAAGUGGCCUCGAUAGCAACUAUCGCAUAUCACAAACCACCGAGGUGCAGAAGAAGCCAGACGUGGUAGAGGAAAGCCGCACCCAGGCGGGCCGUGGUGUUCCCCGCAUCGAUACGUCCGUCAUCCCGAAGCUACCACCCGUGACGCCGACUCAGGAAAUCGGAACUCCGUCCUCAUGGACGGAUGCCCAGAAAUAUGUCGACCCUGACAUAUACCGACGCAGGAUCGAGGUCCUGCGCAGACAGGUUGGCGAGGGCUACCUGAACGUUCUUAGUGAGGAGCACUGGGAUGUCAACGGUGCACCACACUUCACAGGUUCGCAUUUUGGUCAUGCCGACUCGCCCCUACACCCGAGUCCUGCUACGCAUCGGCCAACCUUGCAACCAAUACAUAGCGGCCGAACUCUUGGAUGAGCGCCGCAUACUAAACCACUCACACUCGACACACUCGAAGCCAUGACAGCCGACCACGAUGAUACCCAACGCCCGCCCUUUUCGCAGUGGGCGGUCUGGCUGUUAAUACAUAUAUCCCGAGUCCUUUCAAAAUACCCAAUUGUUUUGUUGUUUUUCCUGCAAAAGAGUAGCGCGGCUUCAUGGUUGGCUUUUUCAAGAUUCAUAUCAUUUCACCGGAGCAUAGCGGAAAAAAGGCGUUUUCAUGGUUCACCUCAAUUCUUACCGACCUAAACUACAAAAUCACAAGACUCUCUCGACCCGCCCACCACUGCGUCCAUAUCGUCCCACAAAGACGACGAUCUGCGUAAUUACGAGGCUACGUACGACCUGGCGACGAUGUUCAUGUCAGUUCCCAUGACUCUGGAUCGAGUCAUCAGCCUGCUUGGCUGUGUAUUUUGCGUUGUCUUAUUGCUUGCAUGGCACCGGUGUCAUCCGGAUGAUGCCAUGGCAGAUGGAAUCUUUUUUGGCGUGUCUUUUUACAUGGCACCGGUAGAAUAGUGGGCACGAGGUGAUGUCGCGAGCUCGGCAAUACCUGGCCCUCGGGCUGCUGGCUGGAGUCCAGGAAUUUCUCUUCGGCAAAGACAUCUUUUUCAUGACAGGAUCUGGCGUAUCCCUUGUUGACCUUUCUUGUCCCAGUCUCAUUUUCGCAUGUUGGCUCUGACAAAUCUUGCAUUUGAAUUGCUCCAUUGCUCGAAGGUUCUCAACGAAUGUCUGCCUGGGUUCUUCUUUUUUUGUCCGAUUGAGCAUACUAUCCUGAGCGCUGCGUUGUCUGAUAUUGAUUGCCUGGCGAAACGGGGAGGGCAGGGUUCAUGUCUUCUUGUCUGUUGCGAAUUAGGAGGAGACUCGUCAGUACCGUAUUUGUUGUGCGGUAUGUUAUGGUUGGAUGAUAGAUAAUUGGUCGGCCUUAGAGGCGGCCGGCCUAGGUAGCGAGGUGCCAGGGUGGCCCAAGAGAGAAAUGAUAUCACGGCAGACAUACUCCAUA